GGAGUCUUCAUUAUUUCAGUUGAAGACAUUCACCACCCGGUACCCUCUCGUCUCUGUCGACAAUGACAACGGCGGAGGAGUCUCUUCUGCAAGAUUUGGGUUUGCGCAGAGGGCAAAUCGCGUACCUCGGAGCUAUCGCGGUGAGGGAUGAAGACGAGAUUGGUCGCGGAUCCGACGCAGUCGUGUAUCGGGUAGAAUGGCAAGGCAUUCCCGUGGCUGCGAAAGUACCGCACUCUCUCCUCGUACAACCAGGUGUGCACGGAAGAGAGGAAAAGCUGCGAGGCUUUGGUGCUGAAAUUAGCAAUCUCUCUCGCCUUCACCACCCUAACCUGUGCCAAACGCUUGGCAUAGGAUCCACUGCCGAUCGUGGUCUGCCUGCAUUGGUAGUUGAGCUCUUCGAUCGCACUUUGCAUGAAUGCAGCAUCGGUGAAGGCAGGUUGGACGAUCUAACCCUGAUGUCGUUCCUGGAGCACGCUAUAGCGGGUGUGCGCUAUUUGCACAGCAGCGAUCCGCCAGUGAUUCAUCGUGACCUGACUCUGCGGAACGUGCUGAUCAAGGGUAAUGUCGCGAAACUCGCUGAUUUUGGAGUUGCUCGAGUUACCCAAAGGCAUCUGGUCGGACUCUUGCCCGACCUCACCACGUGUCCUGGGACUCAUUUGUACAUGCCUCCGGAGGCCCUCUCCGAGUUGGCCGUGUACAAUGAAUCACUGGACAUAUUCUCGUAUGCUGUGCUAGCAACAAGCGUCCUGACUGGAUCCGAUCCGUCGCGAAACCUUCUCAGCUCACCCAGGACCAGAGUUGUGGAGAGAGUGGAUGGAGUAAAUGAGGAGAGGGUCAUCAGUGAAGUCGAACGCCGCCAGUUAGACUUGGCCAGGAUACCAGACGACCAUCCGCUCAAGCCUGCCAUCAUCCGCGGCCUUUCCAACAGUGCAGAGGGUCGUCCAAUAGCAGAGGAAAUGCACGAGUUUGUGAAAGUUGCGCAAAGAGACCUAGCCAUGAAUGUGCAGGAGGAUCGUGCUGAGCAGCGGUUGGAGGCCUUGGAGGGUAGAGUACAAGAACGGACAAGAGAUGCCGAGUUAGCCGGGACUGCGGCGCUGGACCAAAAUCAGCUGCUGGGUCGGCUGACGGCCAUGGAGCGGCAGCUGGAGCGAGUGACCAUGAUCGCGGAUCGCACGGUAUCAAUAGACGAGAGACUAAGUACGGCAGUCGCCAGUCUGACCCACACUGCUGAACAGGUUGUAGCGGUUAGGGAGCAAAUGGACGCUGUUGACGAGAGUCUGUCGGCGGUCAAACAGGACGUAGCAAACGUUGAUCGCCGUACGGCCAGUACGGAGGAACGGAUCGCUACCAUUGCCGAGCAGAGCACGGCCACGCAGGCACAGUGUAUUGUGAUGAACGAACGCAUCAACCAAGUACAGGACGGCUUGGAGACUAUUGGCACCCGUGCCACAGCGACACAGCAGAUUUUGGCUAGCCUAAGUGGUGCCGCAGGCACAACAGCGCGUUCUUCACAAUCUUCUGAUGGCGCUAUGGCAAGGCAACCUUCUCACCUGACCACCAAGAUCAAUAAAGAGUUUUUGGCGAGGAUUGCUAAGGCGAGAAAGUGGGUAAAGGUCGAUGUGGCAGCUGAUGGUAUACCAGCUUUGCUUGUUGCUCAUGGCAACCGUCUGGUUUGCGUGUGGAUAAGUCACCCGCAUAUCACUUCUAUCCAGCAGACUACUGAUCUUGUCUCCUGGACAAGUAUUGGAUUGCCACUGGAAUUUCACCGUUGCCAUAGCCCGUCGCUUGCAUCCAAUGGUAAGAGGCUGUUCAUGUAUUGCAUCGAUGACGAGGGCAAGCCGGUUUUCCUCCAAUACGGCCCGGGGUGGUUGGGUUCGCGCCAUACAUGGAGCAAGCUGUCAGACGUACCAGACGGCAUUGAUCAUUCAUUCUGUGCAAUGCAUGCAACGGAAAACACUGUCAGCCUAUUUGGUAGUAUGUCUCUGUGCGGAAGUCAGGCCAUAAGCACAUACUCGCUAGCAGGUGGCCAGUGGAAUACGCCUGCUUCAAGAAGAGAAAGCGGCCACCAGUUUCCAAGUCUUCCAUAUGUUCCAGGUCCUCCUGGCUUCCGAGGAAGAGGAUCCGUCGUGGAAUGUGACAACACCCUCUUUCUAAUUGGAGGAGAGUACAGCAGGUGCCUUCGGUUGCGUGAUGGGCGUUGGGAACAGGACUGGUGGCCUGAGAUUGACCUGACAUUCGGUACUGCGUGUGCACUCUCUGCUGACAGUAUCGCAAUGUUCAAAUUCCAUAACGGGUGGAGUUGCACCGUGCGUCACUUGCCAUCAUCGAAGGAGUACAAUCUGAUAGUGCCCAGCUGGAGCAUCAUGACUGCACUCUUCAGUUCGAAUUCGCAUAGUGAGCCCUCCAUGGCUGUCUUCCAGGAAGCCCUGGUACUCUCCCUGGGCUCUCAGGGAGUUUUCACGCUCGACAUGAGAGCCUUCCAGCACUGAAUUCGAGGUCAGCUUGCACUGCAAGCGUGUGCCAAGCUGUCCGGCCAUGCGCGUUCCUGAUUGACGGCAGCGCGGGCUGUGUGCCGCAACACAUGCGAAUGGCAUGAGCACGAAAAAAUGCUUGAUGGCCAGUUGGCGGCCGCACAUUUGCCGUACCAUGCCUGCAUGUGUAAUGCACUUCUGCAGCAAUGUACAAUACACCGCUCUGCUCCGUCUAAAGCAAUCCAGUAAUUUUGCGUGUGUAUCUUGUGUACGAAAAAGCAACUGCUCGUUCUUCUGUCUGUGAAUCUUCAAUCUUGUGUACAUACUUACUUAUGGUAUUCCUCACGGUUGAUCUGCUGUUGGCAAUGUUUAUAAUGCAAAUGAUGAUCGUACAACUGCAGAGCUGUCAAUGGAUGCUCUCGUACUACAUCUCGCACGUGUAUUGUGUUUACCAUUCGUACAGGUACAUUGUAUAUUCUGUUGCCCCGCACCCAGACUGUGCUAAACAGAAGUACGUUUCCAACGCUCUUCAUUUCAAUCGAAUUUCCAUUUGAACAGUAGGCUGCCACAAUACAAUAUCAUGCACAGGCUACAGCAGCACUACAUAACUGCUGUGAUUCCCCUGACCUUUCCCUGCAUUCCAGCUUUUGAUUAUGCAUUCAUCUCUAUGCUAGUUUUUAGUAUUUGCAGAGUCCCUGGUGGCAUGGGCUUAUUCAAGAGGAUGUCUGUUAGCAUCCUAUGCUAAGAGGAGCUUAAGGCAGAGUUCUCUUUCUCUUUUCAAAUCCCUCAACCGAUUAAUACUGCUAGAGAAGUUUUGCGCUGUUCUUCCCUGCGGCAUAUUGGUGUUCUACCAAUCAAAUUACGAGCAAGAACCAGUGCGUUUUAUGGCAAAUUCUUCUGUCUUUGGUUGAUUUAAAUUGGCCACAACAUUAUUGUGUGCUGGUGUGCUAUGAUCAUGCCAGUCUCGAA